AUGGCCCUAUUUGAAUGGGUCUUCGGUAAGAGUUUGACUCCCCAAGAGCGCCUCAAGAAAAACCAAAGAGCGUUGGAGAGGACGCAACGCGAACUUGAAAGAGAGCGAAGGAAGCUCGAGCAGCAGGAAAAAAAGCUUAUUUCCGAUAUAAAGAAGUCGGCAAAAGACGGUCAAGUAACUGCUGCCAAAAUCCAGGCAAAGGACCUGGUGCGAACAAGGAAACACAUUUCAAAGUUUAGCAACAUGAAGACGCAACUCCAAGCGAUCUCGCUAAGAAUUCAAGCUGUUCGUAGCAGCGACCAAAUGACUAGCUCAAUGAGAGAAGCAACCGGCUUGCUCGCCUCUAUGAACAGGUCGAUGAACUUACCUCAACUGCAGCGGAUCUCUGCCGAAUUUGAGAAGCAAAGCGACCUCAUGGAUCAACGUCAAGAAUUUAUGGACGAGGCUAUAGACGAUGUUAUGGGAGACGAGCUGGAGGAGGAUGAUGAAGCGGACGAAAUUGUUAACAGAGUUCUAGAUGAAAUAGGAGUGGACCUCAACGUGAAGCUUCAAAGCACGCCCCAAGAUGCGGUGGAGGCUCCUGAAAAUGGUUCUUCAGAAAGAGUCGCAGAAUCAUUGACCUCAAAUGGGCUAGGGACAGCUAAUGCCGAUGACGAGUUACAAGCGAGGCUUAAUAGUCUAAAGAGGUAA